AUGUCCAACACAACCAGAGUGAAUGCAUUUCUCCUUCUUGGGUUUUCUGAAAUACGAAAUCUUCAGAUUAUAUAUAGUGUGAUUUCUCUUGCCAUAUAUUUAGGAGUUCUGGUGGGGAACAGUCUUAUCAUUAUUACCAUAGGUUUUGAAUGCCACCUCCAUAAACCCAUGUAUUUCUUUCUGAUGAAUUUAUCUCUUGCAGAUAUAGGGUUUGUUUCUGUCACUAUUCCUAAAUCUAUAUUCAAUUCACUUUUCAAUACACGAUGGAUUUCUUAUUCAGAAUGUGUCAGCCAAGUAUUUUUCCUGAUCUUCUUCAUGGCAAGUGAUUUUGCUCUCCUCACUGUAAUGGCAUAUGAUCGCUAUGUUGCCAUCUGUAGUCCUUUAUACUAUGAAACUGUGAUGAAUAAGGAGGCUUGUAUCCAUAUGGUAGUCAGUUCAUGGAUUGCUGCUCUUUUGUAUGCACUGUUGCACACUGUUGGCACUUUUACAAUGACUUUCUGUUCAAAAGUCAUUAAUCAAUUUUUCUGUGAAAUCCCACAGUUACUUAAGGUAUCUUGUUCUGAUAGUUAUGUUAUUGAAAGUGUGGUCCACCUCAUUGGUGCAUGUUUAUCAUUCAUAAGCUUUUCUUUCAUAAUUUUUUCAUAUGCACAAAUCUUCAGAGCAGUGAUAAGAAUCCCCUCCAUGCAGGGAAAGAAGAAAACCAUAUCCACUUGUUCACCACAUUUCCUGGCAGUCUCCUUAUUUCUUUUUACGACUUCAUUUGCUUAUCUGAAGCCUAUCUCAAACUCAUCACAUAGUCUUAACUUGGUAGCUUCUGCAAUCUAUUCUGUGGUUCCACCAUUGAUGAAUCCAAUCAUCUACAGUCUGAGAAAUAAACAGAUCAAAACAGCACUAAGGAAAUAUCUUUCUUCUAAUAAGGCUCCUUUUCAUCCCCCAUAA